UUGCAUGGCUCGUUUCUGGAGUAUGACUGGCAUUGAACCAUCUUUUACUCACUCUAUAGCAUCAAUAUAUAUACUCUGCUUCACUCAAUUAGCUGCCACUUCUUUUAAAAUACUGAGUAUUAAUCUAAACAGUGUCUCUACCCUCAAAUUCUAUUAUGAUAUGAAGCAGGAUUACUUUGAUGUCAAACAUGGUGCUGUUGGUUUCUUUGCAAUCUUAGUGUUAUUGUUUCUGAUUGUUCUACCAACACUUUAUAUACUCCUUUAUCCAUUUAAAUGGUUUCAUAAGUUAUUGGAUUGUUUACAUUUGAGGAAACAGCUACUGAUAUCACUGGGUGAUGUGUUUACUGGUCCUUAUAAGAAUGGAACUGAGAAUACUUAUGAUUAUCGUUUCAUGGCUGGACUAUACCUACUGGCAAGAAUAAUCAUUNUGAGUCAAUUCAUUUUUGGACAUUAUUUUAUGUUUUCAAUACCAAUUUCUCAAGCUUGCUGCUCCUUCUUACUAGCAGUAAUAGUUAUCAUCUUUCGUCCUUUUCAAAGAAAUAUUCAUAAUUUUGAUGAGUUUUUAGUUAUGUUUUUUCCUAUAUGGCACUUGGAUGUACAAAUAUUGUUACCUCUUUUUUACUCCCAACGUUGGAUAGAUCUAGUGAUCUAGAUCUAUUAAUAAUUGUGAUUCUUGUAAUUGUACUACCAAUUGCCAAUGGUAUAUUCUUUGUCAUUGUUAUACCAGGUUAUAUAAUCUACCAGGUAUACAAAAUGAUAAAAUCAUGUCAUCGUUAUCAUAAAAGAAAUAAUCCAGUGGCUAACAGAAAUAAAGAAGAAGACCAUCAGCCAUUAGUUGGUAAUGAUGAUGAUUGGAUUGCUGAUCAUAUGGAGAAUCCACAAGAAUAUGAUGAACAACAUGUUCCUGGUAAAAUAUAUGAGUAUGAUAGACAGCCGCAGCAACAAAAACCCAAUGAACCCAUUACUAUUGCUACAGCUGCUACUUAUGGCAGCUGCAGUGAAACUACUAUUUGAUUUAUGUUAACUGCUGAAUAUUGUACUGAUAAUGAUAGAAUAGGCUAAUAAUGAAAUUAAUAUUUUAAGCUAUUUUUUAAAUUUUUUGUGUGAUUUUUUGCUAGAUUUGCUAUUCCAAUUGUGAUUAAUGUUCAGUUG